CUGCCUGAUUGCUGGCAGAUCCGCGGCGAUACCUAAAGCUCACCGGCAUAUCUAUCCGAUCUCGGCAGCUGAUCGCACGCGCGAAAAGCCUUGCGGAUGUCACUCGCGCCCGCAAUCGACGCAACGGUGCAAUGAUCCUGAAUGUAACAGAUCGGGUGUGACCUCCUUUGGGGUCUUACCCCGUCAUCGUCUCCGCGGGAUCAGUGUUGGCUAUCGCGCGCUCGUGAUAGUUCUCGGUGAUCCGCGCGAAAGCAUCGUCGUGUGUCGCGAUGCGCUACCGAACGAUUUACACGUGCUUCGAUAAUCGUUCACGAGGAAAAGUGUCGCUUUAAAACAGGGUUUGAUUGCGAAAACCGUAAAUAAACGGAAGCGAAGUAUAUAUAGAAGAAAAGCACAGAAGAUCAAGGAUUUUCAUUCCUACGACAGUAAAAAUUGGACGUCGUUGAUAAAUCAAGAUGAUUCACGUCGUGGAAAGAUGCAGCACAGCCAUGAAGGCCGCGGGAUGAAGAUUCGCAAGAUCUAUCCCGAUAUUCGUCGCGUUACAAAGAAAGAGAUCUCACGAAAUUUCGAAGCUGCGUGCUUUUAAAGCUCGGAAGGAUGUCUUUAGGACAACGUAUUUCUGGAGCUGUUGCGGUUCUCCGCGGAACCUCGACCUUGGAGGCCAAGGAGGGUGGCCACACGUCGUGCACAGAUCAGGAUAUCGAGAAGAUGACAUCCGAAGAUGAGGUCGAGGCGAAAGCGCAGCGUAAAGUGACGGCGCUCGACAGAUUACAGACAAUGGUAGAAUGGAUGAGAACUAACUUGCUUCUGGCACUGACCAUCGCUGGAGUUUUGGUGGGUCUAGGUCUUGGGUUUCUAGGACGAUUGGCGGAUCUCACGCCUGAAUCUAUAACUCUCGUCAGUUUUCCAGGAGAGAUUCUUAUGCGGAUGCUGAAGAUGUUUAUCCUGCCACUCAUUAUCUCGUCGCUAAUCUCGGGAAUGGCACAACUAGACGUUCAAAGAUCAGGAAGAAUAGGAGUCAGAGCGUUAACAUACUAUUCGAUAACAACCAUUCUCGCUGCCAUCGUAGGCAUUGCGAUGGUGCUGAUGAUCCAUCCGGGUAAUCCGCAGAUCAAAACUACGGUCACGGCGAUGGUGAAAGCCGAAGAGACGAAAGUCUCCACCGUAGACGCGAUCCUCGAUAUAAUUCGAAACAUGGUGCCGGAGAACCUGGUGCAAGCAUGCUUCCAGCAGGUUCAGACUUCCUACGUAAAGAAGAAAGUAAUCGCAAUCGGUACGAAUCAGAGCGAGUAUAUAACCGAGUCGACCUUGGUUUACAAGGACGGUACAAACGUGAUGGGCAUGAUUGUGUUCUGUAUUAUCUUCGGCGUGCUCGCGGGCCAGAUAGGACCUCGCGGCAAGCUGAUGGGAUUUUUCGUGGUGCUAAACGAGAUUAUCAUGAAACUCGUCACGAUCGUCGUGGUCUGGUAUUCUCCGUUCGGAAUUAUGUGUCUGAUAGCUGGAAAAAUUAUGUCGAUUACAAAUCUGGCGGCAACUGCUCAAAUGUUAGGUCUAUACAUGGUGACAGUUAUAUUGGGUUUAAUGAUUCACGCGAUCAUCACACUACCGACGAUCUAUUGGUUUAUGACUCGAAAAAAUCCAGCUGUGUUCUUUAGAGGCAUGAUGCAAGCCUGGGUGACUGCGCUGGGUACAGCUUCGAGUGCAGCAACUUUGCCUCUAACUUUUCGUUGUCUCGAAGAAAACAACAAGAUCGAUCCACGAGUGACACGUUUCGUCGUGGCAGUUGGUGCUACCGUAAAUAUGGACGGUACGGCUCUUUACGAAGCCGUGGCUGCGAUUUUCAUCGCGCAAUUGAAUGGAAUCUCAUUAGGAUUCGUUGAAGUUAUUACAGUGAGCCUUACAGCUACCUUGGCAAGUGUCGGGGCUGCAAGCAUCCCUAGCGCUGCAUUGGUCACCAUGCUGUUGGUGCUAACAGCCUUGGGUCUUCCUACGAAUGAUAUUUCUCUAUUGUUCGCUAUCGACUGGAUGCUUGAUCGGAUCAGGACUUCGAUCAAUGUUCUGGGCGAUGGUUACGGAGCCGGGAUUGUUUAUCACUUAAGCAAAGCAGAGCUAGAUAAAAUGGACGAGGAACGAAGAUUGGAAAGCUUGGAAAUCGGAAGACCUCUCGGAACUACUAUCGAAAGCUGCAAACGAGAAGAGAUAGUAACACACGAACAAACUGCCGAGACAAAAAUUUGAAUCCUUGGACAUCCUCGACGAAAUCAUAAUGUUAUAUCGUCGUAUGUAAUAACGAUUGAUUUUCAUUGUCGAAAUCAAUUUUUUCCCACAAAUUAAGAGUUAAAAUAUUGCAGAAUAU